UUCAGGACCACUUGCUCACACAAGGCGGCUGGACUUGUGCAACUGGUACAGCAUUCGUUAGAUAUAAUAACAUGUGUAAAAAUGCUGUGUAUAAGGAAGGUGGCUUAGAGAGCCUUAUACAGACUCAUGCAGCCUUCUGUCAUGGCUAAGUACAUCUUUAAUUAGGAAAACAUUUAUCUUAGUCUUCCUCCCCAUCACAGUGAAGAUACAAUGAGUUAAUUUAAACAGAGACCUUAAGGCAGCAGCUGGCAAGGUUAGAGCAAGGGUUAGGGUCUUACUUGAUUAAAUAAAAGAGAACAUUCUAGACAUCUGUUCUUCAGUUAAAGAGUUGUUACUGUCCUUGAAGCCACCCAAAACUUUAGCAUUAAUUGUGUUAUUUAUUUAUUUAUUUAUUUAUUUAUUAAUAUUUGCUGGCAUUUAUUGUCACUCUGCCUAUACCCAAGCUUACUGUGCCACCUCUCUGAAGAGUCCCUAACCUGCUAUGGUAGAAAGAACAGAAAGCUGGAUGCCAAGGGUGUGUGAGCUACUGUCCCAUCCCUUCCAUGGCCCUGUGCUAAUAUUUUGAGCAAGUUACGCCUCCCUGAACUUCAGUUUUCCCUUCUGCAAAGUAGAAGGGUCGAACCAGCUAAUACUUAACCUAAUGCUGGCUGUAAAUGUCCCAAGUAGCUUUAGUUCAGAGAUAGUUGGGCCAACUAAACUGUCCAGCACCCAAUGUCUGCCAUGCAUUCCUCAUACGAAGCUCCAUCGGGUCCCCAGCGCAGCCUUGCCCUGGAUGUGUUAGUGGAGUUAUCCCACCAAUGCUCUGAGAUGCUGGAUGCCUGUUGGUUCUCCUACUGGUAAAGGGUACAGCCAGGACUCAAGCCUGGAGCUGCCCAUCCCAAAUAUCCUUUGCUUUGAGCUGGCUUCCACUAUGAUCAGUAUCUCAGAGAUUGAAUUUAGAAGGCACCAGGCUCAGCAUACAGAAAGCCCCAUCCCUCCCAGCCUGAACUCUCUGGGCCUCACAGGUAGAACCAUCCUGCUUGAGCUCUUACUGAUUCUGUGACUUGGGGAAAAUCAUUUAGCUUUCUUAUGCCUCAGUUUCCUGGUCUCUGAAAGGCAGCUAUUUCACACAGUUAUGUUGUGAUGAGACUUGAAGAGAGUCCUGCAAAAUAUUAGCACAGUCACUAGGAUUUAGGUAAAUUGAGCUAAAUAGUUCCACUGGGUCAGCCUCCCAAGCCUGAUGUGAAAACAGAUGCAACAAGCCAUGGAAAGUAUAUUAUAGAUUGCAGUGUGCUGUUUAUAUAUGAAGGAUCAGGAUUCUAAGAUCUGACCCUGGAGAAGCAGUUGAAGGCAAGGGUAACAGGAGCCGCAAGGGACGGUGACCCUGCCGAUUCCACACAUUUUUUUGUUGUUGUUCCUGAGUUCUCAAGUGCAGUUCCCCCCACCCCCACCCCCCGCCCCUCAGUCAAGCUAGAUUUGUUAGGGGAAACAAGUAACAUGAGUCUAUAAACUUUCAACUCAACUCAAUUACAAGGAAGUGGGUAACCGGAAGUGGGAAUUCCAAAUGAAACCAAACUAUAUGCGUUGGCUUUACACCAGCAAUUAAGUAUGUUGAUGGGAAGAAAACAGUGAUUUUACCCUUUUGAAGUAGAGUUGGGGUUACGGCUGUACACACCUGUGUUGUAUUAAGUUGUGGGAUCAGUAGGUAUAAUUACAGAAUUUAAUUAUAAAGUGUGUCUUACUGACAUGUGUAUGCAUGGGUGUACAUAUUGUAAACCCUUUCAAGACGGUUUAUUUAAAACAAAAUCAUAGAAGGUCAGCUUCUCACUGAAAGGUUCAUGGUGGGUCUUCCUGAGUGGGAGGAGCCCAGAAAGUCUUUAUUCUCUUGUGUUAUUUGAGUAGGAAAAUACCCCACUGUGUGUCUCUCCCUCCUUCUCUUCCUCCCCCUUUCUUUCUCCUUUCCCUUCUACUUCCCUGUUAGAUCUCCUCCACCCCCUCCUCCCAGUAGUACUAUAUAUCAAACCCCAGCCUCCUGCACUGUACACAAAUGCUCUAUUCUUGAGCUUGGAUGCUUACAAGACAACCAUUUCUUUAGAGAAACUUACAGUCCUGUUAGAAAUGACAGGCAAUAAAUAGUCAGAGGAUUAGUUCCAAUCUCUACUACCUGCUAGGAAAAAAAUGGUGUAGUUAGUUUGAGAACAACCAGGGAAGGGCGGGGUGGUGAUGAAACAGACUUCAUCUUUGAUGUUGGGGGAGCCGGGGGCACUCGGGCCUCAUCUGUGAUACCAGAAAGAGGCUCUCAGGUAGAAUGUGGGAUGCUCUGAGAGUCCUAGGAAGACGGAAAACCAAUUCUCAGCCUGGGGUUUGGGGGCGGGCCUUCUACAGCCCUUAUGGAGUUCGGCCUCUUGUGUCUCUUCGAAAGUAUGUCCUACUAGGACUAGUGGUGAUAGAUGCCACCAGCCCACCCCCCCCCCCCGACCCAGCUGCCCUAGAAACCAUAACAAAGUUACUGGCUUUGAAGCCUCUGGAUGCUCAAGUCUUCCCUGUCUCAGGCAGCUCCCCUCUUGCCAGAGUUCUUGUCCUUCUGUGGAGUCCUAGGCUGCCAUUUAGCCUUUCCCAGAGAAGCACCGCAGGGCCAGAGAUAAGGCUUUGCAUGCUCCAGGCCCUGGGUUCAAGCCCCAGUAUCACAGAACAUAAAGAUAAAACAGCUCUCUCCCAGCCACAUCCACUUACACUUUGUGACUUGCUUCUUGUCCUGUGUGGAUCUAACCCAUUCUAUCUAGGGAGUGGAGAGAGGCCUCAAGAAAAGGCAAGGAGCACAGGGGCCCCAGGAAAAUUUCCUUUCCCCAGUGGGGGAGUAGGGAUAUUUAUGUGCUUCUUUGUCUAGAUCUUAUCUACUUUUAUUUUAUGCAUGUAUGUAUAUAUGCCAUGUGUACACAAGUGCCUGCAGAGACCAGAAGAGGGCAUUGGAGCCCCUGGAAGUGAAGUUACAAGUAGUGGGGAGCCACUGUGUGGGUUCUGGGAACCAAACCUGGAUCCUCUGCAAGAACUUCAAAUGCUCUUAACUCCUGAGUCAUCUUUCCAUUGUCUGCUGGAAACGCUUGUACUAAAUACUUCUAUUCAGUCACCUACCUUGGGAGGCAGUGGGAGGUGUUUCCCACUAACUAACUAUCAUCAUGUGGACUUCUAAACUGUAGAGGGUCGUUUCUUGUACAGAUAGUUUACUGGGCAUUUAUUAUGUGACAGUGUAUCCUAGGCACAGGGAAUGAUGUGGACAAAUUUCCUGAGCUAGGAGAUACUGUUCAGGGCAGGUCUUGUCCCAGCCCUAUAUCUGCCUUUGAUCCCAUGUUUGCCAUUAUUAUAUACAAUAAAGAUUAAAGUGUGGAUAAUAUUAGGUAAUAAGUAUGGAAGUGCUUGGGAAAGCAUCCAGAAACCUGGCUGACUUUCCUUAUAAGCCAUUCUACAAUCCCAGAAAAGGGCUGGAGCAUUGGGUAAGCACACCUGUAGUUCUUUCGUCAUACCACUAGAUGUCAGUGGUGUUCAGGAGGGGAGGAGGACACGUGGUGAUGACCUUUUAGCCAGGUUGUGGAGACUGCAAAAUAAAGACUUUCUGUAUACUAGAUGCUGUCCUGAAUGCAGUGAAUUUCCCAUAUCAUUUGAUGCUUACAGAGGCCCCAUGAUUUGCAUAUUCCUAUCCCUAGUUUACAGUUCUCAAAGAAAGAACUGCUGCUAAUGUUAGUCAGUUUUCUAUCUGAAGCCACCAUACAAAGAUUGCCUUAGAAGCAAUGUUCAGCCAGACAGUCCUUGGCUGCUGCCGACCCACUGUGAACAGUGUCUCCCCAUACACGGGCAGCAAAUGACUGCACAGAUGUAUAAAGACAAAAGCUUCCAUGGAUGUCUGAGUAGAGUGCAGUGCAGGUGCUCAUUAGACAGACAGAAAGGUACAGGCUGACAAAAGCCUGCAGAGGCAGCUGGGCUGUCUACAUCUCCUGUUAGAGAGGUUAGAAAUCAUAAACACUCUUGGUGGGGCUGGGACUUGACAUGAGGAAUAUAAAAAGGUCUCAGUGAGCUUGACUUUAAAUGAGCAUAUAGAUAGAGGUACUAUAUGCCAUUCCAACAAUGACCAGCAUGGCAAGAUGUUCCAAGGGCAUAGUAGUGGCACUUAUAUCUUGGGGGUAACCAAUACCCAUCCAGUUGUACCUAAGGCCUACUCAGUUAGAGGACAUUCAUGACUGGUACUGUAAAUCUAACCAACUCUGCAUGGCUGGUAAUGUCAUAGACCCGAGAGGAAAACAGUACAGACAGUAUAGCUUCUAAACUAUAUUCUAAAUGCUUAUACCCACAGAUAAGUAUAGCUCUCAGCCCUUGUCAUAGAAGCUUCUUUUUGCCGAAAACAUUACAGAAAUUCCAAACUGGUCAAAAAGAAAAACUAACUGUGGGGUACCCAGCCCCACUUUAUGCAUUUACAGUACAACCCCAAACCUAAUUCUCAAGAAACAUCGCAAAAGUAGAGAAAGAAAAAUCACUAAAAACUGAAAGGCCAGGACAUCUGAUAAUGGCAGAGCAGCUGAGCCCAUGAAAUCCCAAAAAUGUGGUUGCUUAAAUAAGAUCUGCACAACGACACCAGUUUACAUGCCAGUGUGAAUAGGGGAAAUCUCACAAGGCCUGGAAGAAGAGCUAUAGGUAACUAAUAGCUACUGAGACGAGGAGAAUUAGUAUUUCCCAUAGACUAGGCCAGCCCCCUGGUAGGCGAUCCAAACCCAAGUGGUCAGCUUUAAACAUGCACAUAGCAGUGACUCUAAAUGGGCUCAGAAGGAUGUAUGUAUAAUAUAAUAGACAUUGGUUUACAUUAUAUAAUAAUUUUUUAAAAAGGAGUUUGUGAAUUUGAGAUGGAUCUGAGUACACAAGAAGAAUUGGAGAAGUAGAGGCUCUCAUCUAUAAAAUUCUCAAAAAAUAUAUUAAAUUAUAAAAAGAGCUGGAGUCCAGAUCUUCCCUAAGCAAUGCCUGAAAGUUGCUGAAAGUUAAAGAAAAAGUAGGGGGAAAUUCAAGGUCAAAGUUAUACAAAGACAGACUGCGUGUAGUAGCUGAUGGUAAUUCCAGGCCUUUGGGAGCUGGGGAGGUGGCUCAGCUGUUAAGAGCACACACUGGUCUCCCAAAGCACCUGACUUUGAUUCUCAACACCUAUGUGGGGCAGCUCGCAAUUGCCUAUAACUGCAGCUCCAGGGGGCUCUGAUACCCUCUCUGGCUCCUCAAAUACCCUCUCCUGUAUCUAGAAAUAUGCAUGCAUGGUGAGUGCACACAUACACGCACACACACACAAAACUAAAAUAAAUGAUGACGUCAUCCUUCCCAAGAGAAGACAUGACAAAGGCAAGAAAGACACUGCUACGUUUCUGUCCUCAACACCCAUAGACCUUCAGUUCAGACCCUGGACUACGGCAAGGCAGGGAGAAUGAUGUGAAGAGUGGAACGCACACAGAAGUCCGUAGGGAGGCCUUGCAAAGGACAGAAGAAACAGACUAGGCAUGAUUCCCACGAAGGAAAAUCCAGGAGCCCUCUCUUAAGUUGAGCCCCACCCAAGGGACAGCCCUGGCGAUACCUGAAGCAAACCAAUGGCUUUGGAAAUGGCUGGGCAAUGGGGUCACACAAACAGAGGGAGGGAAGGCUCAAGGGGACCUGAUGGCAAGAUGUCUCUGUGAUGUCUGGGGUACCUACUAGCUUUGAGGAAGCAGGUUUGGGCAUGGCAGAAUAAAUGGUUACAUUUGUCCCUGUUGAACCAUUUACAAGGUCAUUUCUACAUGUGACAUCUUGUUUGAGGUCAGUUAGCAAGGAGCUGAAGGGGCUCUCUAUGUUCUUACCUGAAGGAUGAGUAAAGCCGACCUUCGUGCUCAUUCAUUACCAUAGGUUUGGGUGCUGGGGUGAAAAUUCUGGUUUUUCUAGUUGCUAUGCUACAUCGAUUUCAGAGCGAUGAUGUCCCGGAAUGGUGAUAAAGUUGCUGUUGUUUAUGACUCUGGGGCCAGGCAUGUUGGUCUGGUUUGCACCUGGAAGCCCCUGAGCCUCGACAAGGCACAUCACAUGCCUACCGUAACAAGAGAAUGUGUCUAGGAGAGAGGGGACCAAAUGCAAACUAACAUGUGCAUCUGCUAGUCGAGUGCUCCUUCUGCUCCUCGUCUUUGUGGGAUCGGGUGUGCCCCUGUUCCUGGAGGGUGGGAGCCUAUUCUGGUGGCCUGCCGCCAGCUCUUCUUCACGAUGAGUCUUCCUUAGGCAAAUGCUUGGGAGGAGCCAUCUCCAGUUAAGGGCCUGCUUUGGAAGGCAAGUUCUCUGACUCAUGCUGAGUAAAGUCUGCACACAAGCAGGUGCCUGACUGGGAGCACAUUUCUAGGGCUUAAUGAGCAUCUGGAAGGGAGGAGACAGGAGGGUCCUGGGGGCAGAGCUUGGCGAUCUGCUAGGAGGAGGGGGGAAGCCGGAGAAAUAAGCCUGCAUUGGGAGUGAUAUGAUCACAUGGCAUCCAUGAAAGAUGACUAUCACUGGCCAGGAGAUGGGAUGGAGGCAACACAGGAGACCCAGGAUGAUGCUGUGGAAGGCAGCAGAUAAUGCUACUUGGGCAGGCCACUGCAAAACAGCAGACAGCCCUGAGGACAGAGGAUCAUACCACUCGGCCCUGAGUGCGGCAAGGGCCCAAUUCGUGGAUGUGGAAGAGCGAGAGCCAGAGGCCAUGGACGUGAAGGAGAGGAAGCCCUAUCGCUCGCUGACCCGGCGUCGCGAUGCUGAGCGCCGCUACACCAGCUCAUCGGCAGACAGCGAGGAGGGCAAGGGCCCACAGAAGUCCUACAGCUCCAGUGAGACCCUGAAGGCAUAUGACCAAGAUGCUCGCCUAGCCUACGGCAGCCGCGUCAAGGACAUGGUACCACAGGAGGCCGAGGAGUUCUGCCGCACAGGCACUAAUUUCACUCUUCGUGAACUGGGACUGGGAGAGAUGACGCCCCCUCAUGGGACUCUCUACAGGACAGACAUCGGCCUCCCACACUGUGGCUAUUCCAUGGGGGCCAGCUCUGAUGCAGACCUGGAAGCAGACACUGUGCUAUCCCCUGAACACCCAGUGCGCCUGUGGGGCCGGAGCACACGGUCAGGGCGCAGUUCCUGCCUGUCCAGCCGGGCCAACUCCAACCUCACACUCACGGACACGGAGCAUGAGAACACAGAAACCGGUGCUCCCUUGCAUUGUUCAUCUGCUUCAUCAACCCCUAUUGAGCAGUCCCCCUCCCCGCCCCCCUCCCCUCCGGCCAAUGAGAGCCAGAGGCGGUUGCUAGGCAACGGUGUGGCCCAGCCAACCCCGGACUCAGACUCUGAGGAAGAGUUUGUCCCUAAUUCAUUCUUAGUUAAAAGUGGCUCCGCCAGCCUGGGGGUCGCAGCAAACGAUCAUCCCAGCAGCCUGCAGAACCACCCUCGGCUCCGGACGCCUCCUCCACCACUGCCCCACGCCCAUACCCCCAACCAGCACCACGCGGCCUCCAUCAACUCCUUGAACAGGGGCAACUUCACCCCAAGGAGCAACCCCAGCCCAGCACCCACAGACCACUCACUCUCUGGGGAGCCCCCAGCAGGCAGCGCCCAGGAGCCAACCCAUGCCCAGGACAACUGGCUACUCAACAGUAACAUCCCACUGGAAACCAGAAACCUAGGCAAGCAGCCAUUCCUAGGGACAUUGCAGGACAACCUCAUUGAGAUGGACAUUCUCAGCGCCUCCCGCCAUGAUGGGGCUUACAGUGACGGGCACUUCCUCUUCAAGCCCGGAGGCACCUCCCCGCUCUUCUGCACCACAUCCCCAGGGUACCCCCUAACGUCUAGCACCGUGUACUCGCCCCCACCCCGGCCCCUGCCCCGCAGCACCUUCUCCCGACCAGCCUUUAACCUCAAGAAGCCUUCCAAGUACUGCAACUGGAAGUGUGCAGCGCUGAGCGCCAUCCUCAUCUCAGCUACGCUCGUCAUCCUGCUCGCAUACUUUGUGGCCAUGCACCUGUUUGGCCUAAACUGGCACCUGCAGCCGAUGGAGGGGCAGAUGCAGAUGUAUGAGAUCACGGAGGACACAGCCAGCAGCUGGCCUGUGCCAACGGACGUCUCCCUGUAUCCCUCAGGGGGCACUGGCUUAGAGACCCCUGACAGGAAAGGCAAAGGAGCCGCAGAAGGAAAGCCAAGUAGUUUAUUUCCAGAGGACAGUUUUAUAGAUUCUGGAGAAAUCGAUGUGGGGAGACGGGCUUCCCAGAAGAUUCCGCCUGGAACGUUCUGGAGAUCUCAGGUGUUCAUAGACCACCCUGUACACCUGAAGUUCAAUGUGUCUCUGGGGAAAGCAGCUCUGGUUGGCAUUUAUGGCAGAAAAGGCCUUCCUCCUUCCCAUACUCAGUUUGACUUUGUGGAGCUCCUGGAUGGAAGAAGGCUCCUAACCCAAGAGGCAAGGAGCCUGGAGGGUCCUCAGCGCCAAUCACGGGGCCCUGUUCCCCCAUCCAGCCAUGAGACCGGUUUCAUCCAGUAUCUGGAUUCAGGAAUCUGGCACCUGGCCUUUUACAAUGAUGGAAAAGAAUCUGAAGUGGUUUCAUUUCUCACCACCGCCAUUGAAUCAGUGGAUAACUGCCCCAGCAACUGCUAUGGUAACGGUGACUGCAUUUCCGGGACCUGCCACUGCUUCCUGGGUUUUCUGGGCCCUGACUGUGGCCGAGCAUCCUGUCCCGUGCUGUGCAGUGGGAACGGCCAGUACAUGAAGGGCAGGUGCCUGUGCCACAGUGGCUGGAAGGGUGCCGAAUGUGACGUGCCUACCAACCAGUGUAUUGACGUGGCCUGCAGCAGUCAUGGCACCUGCAUCAUGGGCACCUGCAUCUGCAACCCCGGCUACAAGGGCGAGAGCUGCGAGGAAGUGGACUGCAUGGACCCCACAUGUUCCAGCAGGGGUGUCUGUGUCAGAGGCGAGUGCCACUGCUCUGUGGGAUGGGGAGGCACCAACUGCGAGACACCCAGGGCCACAUGCUUGGACCAGUGCUCAGGCCACGGAACCUUCCUCCCAGACACAGGACUUUGCAACUGUGACCCAAGCUGGACUGGACACGACUGUUCCAUUGAGAUCUGUGCCGCUGACUGUGGUGGCCAUGGCGUCUGCGUAGGAGGCACCUGCCGCUGUGAGGAUGGUUGGAUGGGGGCCGCAUGCGACCAACGGGCCUGCCACCCACGCUGUGCAGAACACGGGACCUGCCGGGACGGCAAGUGCGAAUGCAGCCCCGGCUGGAAUGGAGAGCACUGCACCAUCGCUCACUAUCUGGAUAGGGUAGUUAAAGAGGGCUGUCCUGGCUUGUGCAAUGGAAAUGGCAGAUGUACCCUGGACCUGAAUGGGUGGCACUGUGUCUGCCAGCUGGGCUGGCGAGGGACUGGCUGCGACACAUCCAUGGAAACGGGCUGUGGAGACGGCAAGGACAACGACGGAGAUGGCUUGGUGGACUGCAUGGACCCUGACUGCUGCCUCCAGCCUCUCUGUCAUGUCAACCCGCUGUGCCUAGGCUCCCCUGACCCCCUGGACAUCAUCCAAGAGACACAGGCCCCUGUAUCCCAGCAGAACCUGAACUCCUUCUACGAUCGAAUCAAGUUCCUCGUGGGCAGGGACAGCACACACAGCAUCCCCGGGGAGAACCCCUUUGACGGAGGGCAUGCUUGUGUCAUCCGUGGACAAGUGAUGACGUCAGAUGGGACCCCAUUGGUUGGCGUGAACAUCAGUUUCAUCAAUAACCCUCUCUUUGGAUACACAAUCAGCAGGCAAGAUGGCAGCUUUGACCUGGUCACAAAUGGCGGCAUCUCCAUCAUCUUGAGAUUCGAAAGGGCACCCUUCAUCACACAGGAGCAUACCCUCUGGCUACCCUGGGAUCGCUUCUUUGUCAUGGAAACCAUCGUCAUGAGACACGAGGAGAAUGAGAUCCCCAGCUGUGACCUGAGCAACUUUGCCCGUCCCAACCCUGUGGUCUCUCCAUCCCCACUGACAUCCUUCGCCAGCUCCUGUGCUGAGAAAGGCCCCAUUGUCCCAGAAAUCCAGGCCCUGCAAGAGGAAAUCGUCAUCGCUGGCUGCAAGAUGAGGUUGAGCUACCUGAGCAGCCGCACUCCUGGCUAUAAGUCUGUCCUGAGGAUCAGUCUCACACACCCCACCAUCCCCUUCAACCUCAUGAAGGUCCACCUCAUGGUGGCAGUCGAGGGUCGGCUCUUCAGGAAGUGGUUUGCCGCAGCUCCUGACCUGUCCUAUUACUUCAUCUGGGACAAGACAGAUGUCUACAACCAGAAGGUGUUUGGACUCUCAGAAGCCUUUGUUUCCGUGGGUUAUGAGUAUGAAUCCUGCCCAGAUCUGAUCCUGUGGGAGAAAAGGACAGCGGUGCUGCAGGGCUAUGAAAUUGAUGCCUCCAAGCUGGGGGGCUGGAGUCUGGAUAAGCACCAUGCCCUGAACAUCCAGAGUGGCAUCCUGCACAAAGGGAAUGGAGAGAACCAGUUUGUGUCCCAGCAGCCACCGGUCAUCGGCAGCAUCAUGGGCAAUGGGCGCAGGAGAAGUAUCUCCUGCCCCAGCUGCAAUGGUCUUGCUGAUGGCAACAAGCUCCUGGCCCCCGUGGCCCUCACCUGCGGCUCUGAUGGGAGUCUCUACGUGGGAGACUUCAACUACAUCCGCAGAAUCUUCCCCUCUGGAAAUGUCACCAACAUCCUGGAGAUGAGAAAUAAAGAUUUCAGACAUAGUCACAGCCCAGCACACAAAUACUACCUGGCUACAGACCCCAUGAGUGGGGCCGUCUUCCUGUCUGACACCAACAGCCGGCGGGUCUUCAAGGUCAAGUCCACCACAGUGGUGAAGGACCUGGUGAAGAACUCCGAGGUGGUAGCAGGGACUGGUGACCAGUGCCUCCCCUUUGAUGAUACCCGCUGCGGAGAUGGUGGGAAAGCCACAGAAGCCACGCUCACUAACCCCAGGGGAAUUACAGUGGACAAGUUUGGGCUCAUUUAUUUCGUGGACGGCACCAUGAUCAGACGUGUUGAUCAAAAUGGAAUCAUCUCCACUUUGCUGGGCUCCAAUGACCUCACCUCGGCCAGGCCCCUCAGCUGUGACUCCGUCAUGGAGAUUUCUCAGGUUCGCCUGGAGUGGCCCACAGACUUAGCCAUCAACCCAAUGGAUAAUUCUCUCUAUGUCCUCGACAACAAUGUGGUCCUGCAAAUCUCCGAAAACCACCAGGUACGCAUUGUCGCUGGGAGGCCCAUGCACUGCCAGGUCCCUGGCAUCGACCACUUCCUGCUGAGCAAGGUAGCCAUCCAUGCGACCCUGGAGUCAGCCACUGCUCUGGCCGUUUCACACAAUGGAGUCUUGUACAUCGCUGAGACCGACGAGAAAAAGAUCAAUCGCAUCAGGCAGGUCACUACAAGUGGUGAGAUCUCACUGGUUGCUGGUGCCCCCAGUGGCUGUGACUGUAAAAAUGAUGCCAACUGUGACUGCUUCUCUGGAGAUGAUGGUUACGCCAAGGAUGCAAAGCUGAAUACCCCAUCGUCCUUGGCUGUGUGUGCUGACGGGGAGCUCUAUGUGGCCGACCUGGGAAACAUCCGAAUUCGAUUUAUCCGGAAGAACAAGCCUUUCCUGAACACUCAGAACAUGUACGAGCUAUCCUCCCCCAUCGACCAGGAGCUGUACCUCUUUGAUACCAGUGGCAAGCAUCUGUACACUCAGAGCCUACCCACAGGGGACUACCUGUACAACUUCACUUACACAGGGGACGGGGACAUCACACAUAUCACCGACAACAAUGGCAACAUGGUGAACGUCCGCCGAGACUCUACCGGGAUGCCUCUCUGGCUGGUAGUCCCAGAUGGCCAGGUAUACUGGGUAACCAUGGGCACCAACAGCGCACUCAGAAGUGUGACCACACAAGGACACGAGCUAGCCAUGAUGACCUACCAUGGCAACUCUGGCCUCUUGGCAACCAAAAGCAAUGAAAACGGGUGGACAACGUUUUAUGAGUAUGACAGUUUUGGUCGCCUGACAAACGUGACCUUUCCAACUGGCCAGGUGAGCAGUUUCCGAAGCGAUACAGACAGCUCAGUGCACGUGCAGGUAGAGACCUCAAGCAAAGAUGACGUCACCAUAACCACCAACCUGUCUGCUUCGGGUGCCUUCUACACCCUGUUACAAGACCAAGUCCGGAACAGCUACUACAUCGGGGCUGAUGGCUCCCUGAGGCUGCUACUAGCCAAUGGCAUGGAAGUGGCUCUGCAGACUGAGCCACACCUGCUGGCUGGCACUGUCAACCCCACUGUAGGCAAGAGGAAUGUCACACUGCCCAUUGAUAAUGGCCUCAACCUGGUGGAGUGGCGGCAGCGCAAGGAGCAGGCUCGUGGCCAGGUCACCGUCUUUGGACGCCGUCUGCGGGUUCACAACCGAAACCUCUUGUCUUUGGACUUUGACCGUGUCACACGCACAGAGAAGAUCUACGAUGACCAUCGCAAGUUCACCCUUCGGAUCCUAUAUGACCAGGCAGGGAGGCCCAGCCUCUGGUCACCUAGCAGCAGGCUGAAUGGUGUUAAUGUGACCUACUCCCCUGGAGGUCACAUUGCUGGAAUCCAAAGGGGCAUCAUGUCUGAGAGAAUGGAAUAUGAUCAGGCAGGGCGCAUCACAUCCCGGAUCUUUGCAGACGGGAAAAUGUGGAGCUACACGUACUUAGAGAAGUCCAUGGUGCUUCAUCUCCACAGCCAGAGGCAGUACAUCUUCGAGUUUGACAAGAAUGACCGCCUCUCUUCUGUGACCAUGCCCAACGUAGCCCGGCAGACGCUGGAGACCAUCCGCUCAGUGGGCUACUACAGGAACAUCUACCAGCCCCCGGAAGGCAACGCCUCAGUCAUUCAGGACUUCACUGAGGAUGGACACCUGUUACAUACCUUCUACUUGGGCACCGGCCGCCGGGUGAUUUACAAGUAUGGCAAGUUGUCAAAGCUGGCCGAGACUCUGUAUGACACCACUAAGGUAAGCUUCACCUACGACGAGACCGCAGGGAUGCUGAAGACUGUCAACCUACAGAAUGAGGGCUUCACCUGCACUAUCCGCUACCGUCAGAUUGGGCCCCUGAUUGAUCGGCAGAUCUUCCGUUUCACGGAAGAAGGCAUGGUCAAUGCCCGUUUUGAUUACAACUAUGACAACAGUUUCCGUGUGACUAGCAUGCAGGCUGUGAUCAAUGAGACCCCACUGCCCAUUGACCUCUACCGCUAUGAUGAUGUGUCAGGGAAGACAGAGCAGUUUGGGAAGUUUGGUGUCAUCUACUACGACAUCAACCAGAUCAUUACCACAGCCGUCAUGACCCACACCAAGCACUUUGAUGCUUAUGGCAGGAUGAAGGAAGUACAGUAUGAGAUUUUCCGGUCACUCAUGUACUGGAUGACUGUUCAGUAUGAUAACAUGGGACGGGUAGUGAAGAAGGAGCUGAAGGUGGGACCCUAUGCCAACACUACCCGCUACUCCUAUGAGUAUGAUGCUGAUGGCCAGCUGCAGACAGUCUCCAUCAAUGACAAGCCACUCUGGCGCUACAGCUAUGACCUCAAUGGGAACCUACACUUGCUGAGCCCUGGGAACAGCGCACGGCUCACACCACUACGGUAUGACCUCCGUGACCGCAUCACUAGGCUGGGUGAUGUACAGUACAAGAUGGAUGAGGAUGGCUUCCUGAGGCAGCGGGGUGGGGAUGUCUUCGAGUACAAUUCAGCCGGGCUGCUCAUCAAAGCCUACAACCGGGCUAGUGGGUGGAGUGUCAGGUACCGAUACGAUGGGCUGGGACGCCGAGUAUCCAGCAAGAGCAGCCACAGCCACCACCUGCAGUUCUUCUACGCAGACCUGACCAACCCCACCAAGGUCACCCACCUCUACAACCACUCCAGCUCUGAGAUUACAUCCCUCUACUAUGAUCUGCAAGGACACCUCUUUGCCAUGGAGCUGAGCAGUGGCGAUGAGUUUUACAUAGCUUGUGACAACAUCGGGACCCCGCUUGCUGUCUUCAGUGGAACUGGCUUGAUGAUUAAGCAGAUCCUAUACACGGCCUAUGGGGAGAUCUACAUGGACACAAACCCCAACUUCCAGAUCAUCAUCGGCUACCACGGCGGCCUCUAUGAUCCACUCACCAAGCUUGUCCACAUGGGCCGACGGGAUUAUGAUGUGCUGGCUGGACGCUGGACAAGCCCAGACCAUGAACUCUGGAAACGCCUGAGUAGCAACAGCAUCGUGCCUUUUCAUCUCUACAUGUUUAAGAACAACAACCCCAUCAGCAACUCUCAGGACAUCAAGUGCUUCAUGACAGAUGUCAACAGCUGGCUCCUCACCUUUGGAUUCCAGCUGCACAACGUGAUACCUGGCUAUCCCAAGCCAGACACAGAUGCCAUGGAACCCUCCUACGAGCUCGUACACACACAGAUGAAAACUCAGGAAUGGGACAACAGCAAGUCUAUCCUCGGGGUACAGUGUGAAGUUCAGAAGCAACUCAAGGCUUUCGUUACCUUAGAACGCUUUGACCAGCUCUACGGCUCGACCAUCACCAGCUGCCAACAGGCCCCUGAGACAAAGAAGUUUGCCUCCAGUGGUUCCAUCUUUGGCAAGGGGGUCAAGUUUGCCUUGAAAGAUGGUCGAGUGACCACUGACAUCAUCAGUGUGGCCAAUGAGGAUGGGCGGAGGAUCGCAGCCAUCUUGAACAAUGCUCACUAUCUAGAGAACCUUCACUUCACCAUUGAUGGGGUGGACACCCACUACUUUGUGAAACCAGGACCUUCGGAAGGUGACCUGGCCAUCCUGGGCCUCAGUGGGGGGCGGAGAACCCUGGAGAAUGGGGUCAACGUCACUGUGUCCCAGAUCAACACCGUGCUCAGUGGCAGGACUAGACGCUACACUGACAUCCAGCUGCAGUACAGGGCGCUGUGCCUGAACACCCGCUACGGGACAACAGUGGAUGAGGAAAAGGUGCGGGUGCUGGAGCUGGCCAGGCAGAGAGCUGUGCGCCAGGCUUGGGCCCGAGAGCAGCAGAGACUGCGGGAAGGGGAAGAGGGCCUGCGGGCCUGGACAGAUGGGGAAAAGCAGCAGGUGCUGAACACGGGGCGGGUGCAAGGCUACGACGGCUUCUUUGUGACCUCGGUCGAGCAGUACCCAGAACUGUCAGACAGCGCCAACAAUAUCCACUUCAUGAGACAAAGCGAGAUGGGCCGAAGGUGACAGAAAGGGCCAAGGCCUGGACUUCUUGCCAAAGACAGCUACUCUUCUGUGGCCGUAUUCCUGACUGUGUUGUACUUAACAAAAAACAAACAAAAAAACACAAAAAAACAGAAACAAAAAAACAAAAACUUCUUUUUAACAAGUGCAGAAAACAGAACAGAAAGAUAUUUGUUGCAUUGUUAAUUCAUGCAACAUCCUUUUUUUUUUUUUUAAAGAAAGAAAAACACAAAUUUGGCCUUCACACUUUUUUUUUUUUGCAAAGAAUGGAAGGGUUUUUUUGUUUUGUUUUGUUUUGUUUUGUUUUGUUUUCUGUAGUGUGAUCAUGAUGAUAAUUUCAUUGUCUUUUGUUCCCUUUUUCUCCUUGAGGAAUUUUCCCUGUCGUUGAGGAUACAUUUCUCCUCUCUUGGGGGAGCGCAUCUCCUUGGGUGUGUCCACAUCCGCCCCUAGGUACCCAGUGUGAUGUGAGACACGAGUGUCUGUGCUAACUUGUCUCGUGUGUAACCCUUUCUUCUCUGGCUGGAGUUGGGCAGGAGUGAGGGGUCACAGAGUCACAGGCCCGGUGGGACCUUGGGAGCUCUGGUUAGGCUCCCACAGAAGUGGUGAGUUGCUAUUCACCAUGUUUUGUGCCUCCUGAGGACCUACAUCAUGCUCUGGAAAUUUCCAUGAUGCUGUUCAGCACCUUUUCAAGCCACCCCAAACUCCUGUCUGAGCUUUAUAUUUUGAUGCUAAAUGAACCCACCCACCCCCCUUUUACAAAUCUCUAGUGUAGCUGUCAGUGCCGCCCCCCACCCAUAAUGAGAUAGAGAAAGUGUGUCUCCCAGGCCCAUUCCCUAGUCUGGACUAUGAGCCCCAUCCUUUCCAAGAGGGGAAAGCACCCAGGAUGCUGUGAGUUGUUGAUCCUCCAUGAUGCCCCUCGCUCAUCUCCUCCUCUCUCCCAAAGUCAGUUGUGAGAACCAGCAGUGCGCAGCAAGCCCCCAACGUUCCCAAAGGGAAGUCGAGGGAACCCUGUCCCCAUGGCUUUGGGUUAUCUUCCCUCCAGUGCUCGGAUGCCACCACUGAUGAUUGGGAGUGUGGCAAGAGAUGCCUUUGAUCCUGGAAAGAUGUAUAAAAGAACAAGUCAGCCAAAGACAGGAGUCAACAAAGGCAUGAGCCAAGCACCCUAGCCAGGUCCUGGAGUCUCCUCUGCCUCCCCUGUUCAGGCUAUUCCCUGAAGGCUAGGCCUUCAGGAAUUUCCUUCUGUGGAAUUCUUCAUUAAAGAACCCCAGGCAGGAGUGGUUUUGUUUUUGUUUUUAAAUAAGAAGAAAGAGCUCUUUGGUUUGGCCUAGCAGGGUCAUACAACCCCACUGAGAUCAGGGAUGGCGGUGCCAGAGCUGGUACCCAUGGACCCAGAAGGCCAGGCUAGCAUUGUUCCUGUGAAGACCUGUGUACAUGGCAUUUGGACGAGAGUAGGCAUAGGCGCAGCCAGUGCUGGAGGACCGGCCAGAGGGAGCCAGCAGGCCGGGGAAGUGUGGCGGGCAGAGGACUGUAACAAGAGCUAGGAGCUCACUGGAGGAUUCCUUUCCUGCUUUGUCUGCCUAGAUACCAUUGUUAUUGGCACUCCCAGUGUCUGGGAGACUGGGGAAGCCAAAUGCUUCCUUUUGAGCCGGGCUUCUUAGAAAAUGGGACUUUUAUGGGUUACAUUUACAUUAAGUGUGGAAAAUGAAUUCCGAGUCUAAGCUAUUCCCCGUGGGAACCUUGUUGGACUGAUAAAGCUCAUGGCACCUUUAUAGCCUUACAGAGUCUUAAGAAUAUGACAUGAGUUAAUGAAACCAAGAAGGUCUCUUACCGCAGGAGAAUCGGAGCAGUGUGUAGUUCUGCCUGGCAGAGAGAGGUGUCCAAAGCGUGUUGGGGGAGGGGAGAUCUCGCCUUAUGUUGUCCCACUGGGAUAAGAGGAUGUGUUUCGUUAAGUGCUCUUCCUGAUUCCAAAAAAAGAAAAAAGAAAAAAAAAAUCCGUCACGCUGUUGCAACCGUGUGCCACAGCCUGCUCUAUCCACUGGUUGCUCAUUGCCUCUGGAUCAAAGCUCUGCUGGGUCAGAUUUGAUGCCCUCUCAGGCCCACAGUACCUAGCGCGAGCUGUAAUGCAGACCCCCUUCUGGUAUGAUCAUUCUUGGGUGGGAUAGAAAAUAGUUUGACCUGAAACACAUGGGUUUUUCUGUAUCCAGAAGACAUAUGCCCCUCAAAAUGUACGUUUGCUGUAAGGGUCCUGUGGGCAGAGUUGUCCUGUGAGUUGGCCUAGUUGAUCUGUCCCAUACUGGCUGCCUGACAUUGGCUGAGAUCCGCCGGGGUCAUUUACUUAUAAGACAGAGAGACAGCAUGUGACCCAAGGGACCAUCUCCUUGUAGCUGUCCAGCCUGUGACUUCCUCCUCUGUUGUCUCCCUCCCUCAAAGACUAUAUUUUUAGGCAUCAGUGAAUACCAUGAGAUAUGGGGUAUUCUUCUUUAAAAGGAAUGAUCCCAUAUUCUUCCUGGACUGCCACCCCAGAGAGGAAACAGGCAAGCAUCCCUGAGCUGUAUAGGACCUCAGCUGUAGGCCAGACAGUGCCAUGUGCCUCCCUUGACACUGAUGCUGUCCUCCCUGAACUAUGACCUUGGCUCCUUUCAGUUGGAUUCCACCUCCCAGGUGUGUUUAAAGGCACAGGCCACAGUUCCUUUCGCCCAUUUAGGAGACUUUAAAUAUAAAAUGCCAUCCUGGACAGCUCCCGCUCUUUCGACACUCAUUACAUCUAUCCACUUGAGAGAGUGACCGGGUCUUCCUCACUGGUGGAAGUUUGUGAUUCUGAUGGGAGUUAGCUUCUGAACCUCUAAGGAUUGCUUUUGCAUAGUUCCCACCUUCUCCACCCUCCACAACUGCCAAUUAGUCCCCCAGCCUCAGCCCCUCCUCCAAGACCUUAAACAAGACUUUAUUAGUUUCUGACCUCGUCUUUUAUACCCUGAGACCCCCUUUAUGGUCAUCUCCCAGGCAGGCAUCACUAGAUGGUAUUGUGGUGAUAUUGACUCCAUAGUAAACCACACUUUAGCCUUUAACACUUGGCUCAGAGCCACUGGUGGAAAACUAGCCCAAGGUCCACACCAGUGCCUGACUCUACUGAAGGAUGCUGGGCUUGAAAGAAACCCUAGGAAGCUAAAGGGAGACUGCUGAGGCUGGACAAGUGCCUGAAAAUAAGAGGGAUUGCAUGGGGAGGGGGGCAGAUGAUGAAGAAGAGCCGAGUAAGCUGAGUAAACUGGCUUUAUAGGCUUGAGGCAAGGGAAGAAGAAGAAAGGGCCUUACAACUGUGACUUAAGUGACUGCCUUUAUAGAGAAGGUUUUCAGUGUGACAUCUUAGAACACAUCUUUGCCAUUUGCAGUCCUUGUGUUUCUGCUGGCCAUGUGAUGUGGUGAGAGCAGUGACAUUGGGCUUUGUACCCGGGGAGAUGAGCUGGCUGGCUUCCAGCAGAGGGCUGGGCUUUGGGGUUAAAUCACCCAUUACACAAAGAUGAGUGUGUCCUUCAUCCCUCACAUCAACUGCUUAGCCCAGGUUAUGCCGAUUCUGGGGUAGGAGGAUUCACCUCCCAUGGGGUCCCAGUCUCUCCUCUCUCCCGGGAUCUUCAUCAGGACUAAAAGCCCUCCACGAGAGGCACACCGUCCCCAGCUAGGUCAAAACCAUUGUCUAUAUUUUGUGAGAGGGGACGGAAGUAAAAAAUGAACUCUGUGGUUCAAGACCUUUUUAUUUAGCCUUCCCAAAACAGCAAACUCAUUUUAAAGACUCAUUGCUCAGGUGACUGAAACUUUAUCCUCUCCAACCCAUCAUUCUCAAAAACCAGCCUUGUGUACUUGACUGCCCGGAACAGUGGCGGGCUAUGCGGUUUCACGGUGUUGUGGAAGAUCAAAGGUGGGGAAGCAUGGGGUGGGAACCCUGUGUUGUGUUUCAGAGGCCUCGGUGGGGCCCUGUGUUGUACUUCUUACCCUCUGGGGAAUGCCAAAGGCGUGAGACUGGGCUACUUCCUAGUCCCUAAGAAAAAUGUGAUUGAUUCUAAGGGCUGAUGGUUCAGGGCUGACUGCCCGUGGGCAGGCUCGGCUGUCCCCGCAGAAGCUGACCCACAGAUGUCUGGUGGUUCCCAGCAGCUCUAAUCCACUCAUCACCAGAACCCCACUGUUCUAAAUGUGCCCGUCAUUCUGAGGACUUCUGAACCCGCAGCUCUGGCAAAGGACGAUAAUGAGCUGCCUCUGGAUGACCAACACUGGAGACUCUGGCCUUACCAUGUGGAAAUAGUUUUCCUGAAGUCUGGAACUAAUUUUGAGAAGUUUUUUUCUCAACACUUUUGUGUUUCUAACACUGUAUUCUUGACUGUGUAAAUACCAACAAGGCUGUAAAUAAAUGCAGAUGUAGAUACCUUCUAGAAAAAAGGGGGGAAAGCAUAAAAACAAAACCAGAAGUGAUCCCGUGUAGCCUUCGUUGACAAAUAAAAGACUAUUUUGUGUUUAAA